UCGCCGCCAUUUUGUCUAACAACACACACUCGCAUGUGGAACGUCCUUUCAACGAAUCGAAUCUAGGGAAGAUCGGAUUUAGGAGACACCAGAGGGAGAUUAUGGAGACAUUGUUAGAGCAGCAAAGGAGACUUCAUGAGGAAAGGGAAAGACUGGAGAAUUCUAUGGCGGAGGAAAUGCUACAUAAGAAACAGUCGGGUCGGGAGCAGAUUAAUGCUGACCAUCAAGUUAAGAUUUUAUUGGAGCGAUCAGCCAUAGCUGCAGNCGCUACGCGCUCUAUUGUGAAUUCAAGCUGCUUUCUGUUUUUUGCUAGUUUACGCAAAGAAGAAGUGGCAGCCCUGUCUGGACCAAACGAGUUUGCUGAAUUUUACAGCCGUCUUAGAAGUCUGAAAGAUUAUCACAGAAAAUUUCCCAAUGAGCGAAUUGAUUACCUCACCUACCUGGAAACAUUUGAUAGACUGUUUGACAUUGUAAAAGAAAGGAAGAAUCCUGAAUACAGAAGGUACAUUGAAGCUCUCCUGGACUAUUUGUAUGAUUAUACACAGAAGGUCUUACCGCUUUAUGACUUGGAAGGGGAACUUCUAAAAGUCAUGUCAGAAUUUGAGGCACAAUGGACAAAUGGGACCUUUCCUGGUUGGAUGAAAGAUGCAAGCAGUGCUUUAGCACAUUCUGGGGCUCAUCUGGACUUAUCUGCAUUUUCUUCACCAGAGGAGUUGGCCUCCUUGGGACUGGAUCGACUUAAGCAAGCUCUUCAAGCCCUAGGCUUGAAAUGUGGAGGAACACUUGAGGACAGGGCACAAAGACUAUUCAGUACAAAAGGAGUACCGUUAGAUCAGCUGGAGCCCUCUGUUUUUGCAAAAGCCAGGGCAGGCAAGGGACGGGAUAAUGCACAAAAACAGAAAGAUAUUGCUGCCAUUGAGGGUCAGAUUUACCACUUAACAGAAAUUCUUGGAGAACAAAGACAAGCCACGCGGGAGAAUGUUGAACGUAAGCAGGCACGAACAUCAGAUGAAUUGGAGGAAGAGGAGGAACACGAAGAAGGUCAUGAGUCAGAUUCUGAUGAUGAAGAAACUGUUCUUUAUAAUCCUAAAAACUUGCCUCUCGGAUGGGAUGGAAAGCGAAUUGAUUACCUCACCUACCUGGAAACAUUUGAUAGACUGUUUGACAUUGCAAAAGAAAAGAAAAACCCUGAAUACAGAAGGUACAUUGAAGCUCUCCUGGACUAUUUGUAUGAUUAUACACAGAAGGUCUUACCGCUUUAUGACUUGGAAGGGGAACUUCUAAAAGUCAUGUCAGAAUUUGAGGCACAAUGGACAAAUGGGACCUUUCCUGGUUGGAUGAAAGAUGCAAGCAGUGCUUUAGCACAUUCUGGGGCUCAUCUGGACUUAUCUGCAUUUUCUUCACCAGAGGAGUUGGCCUCCUUGGGACUGGAUCGACUUAAGCAAGCUCUUCAAGCCCUAGGCUUGAAAUGUGGAGGAACACUUGAGGACAGGGCACAAAGACUAUUCAGUACAAAAGGAGUACCGUUAGAUCAGCUGGAGCCCUCUGUUUUUGCAAAAGCCAGGGCAGGCAAGGGACGGGAUAAUGCACAAAAACAGAAAGAUAUUGCUGCCAUUGAGGGUCAGAUUUACCACUUAACAGAAAUUCUUGGAGAACAAAGACAAGCCACGCGGGAGAAUGUUGAACGUAAGCAGGCACGAACAUCAGAUGAAUUGGAGGAAGAGGAGGAACACGAAGAAGGUCAUGAGUCAGAUUCUGAUGAUGAAGAAACUGUUCUUUAUAAUCCUAAAAACUUGCCUCUCGGAUGGGAUGGAAAGCCAAUUCCUUACUGGCUGUACAAGUUACAUGGGCUAAAUAUCAGUUACAGUUGUGAAAUAUGUGGAAACUUCACGUACAGGGGUCCGAAAGCAUUCCAGAGGCACUUUGCGGAAUGGCGUCACGCUCACGGCAUGAGGUGUCUUGGAAUCCCAAACACAGCACAUUUUGCCAACGUCACCCUGAUAGAGGAUGCUGUAGCAUUGUGGCACAAGUUGAAGGCUGUCAAAGCGAAAGAACGCUGGCUCCCUGAUCAAGAGGAAGAAUACGAAGAUUCUCUUGGCAAUGUUGUCAACAAACGAACGUUUGAGGAUCUCAGUCGCCAAGGACUGUUGUGAGAAUAUCAUCACGUUGUCGUACCUUCUUGUCGCCAUCUUGGAAACCCCUAGUUUUGGAAUGUAACUAACCGGUCUCAGGCUUUUAGUUGUAAAGUAUGCUUUAAUAAACAACUCUUUUAUUUCAUG